AUGUUGCGAGAAGUAGUACCCCGAAAUGCACGAACGCGGCGCCUUCUCAAAGCCAAAGAACCGCAAUUGAUUGAAAAGCCAAAGCAGACACUGCUGCUACAUGGCCCAAAAUGCCCUCUGCCCCUCCACACAGUGCUCAAGACCAUCCACUCGCUCACAAAGCCUCACUCGGUGCUCUUCCACAAGAAGAACGAAAACAUCCACCCCUUUGAGAACACAGAGAGUCUCGAGUUCCUGGCCACAAAGAACGAAUGCGGUAUCGCUAUUUACGGAAGCAGCAACAAGAAGAGACCGAAUUGCAUAACAGUGAUGCGCAUAUUCGAUUCCAAGGUGCUCGAUAUGUGCGAACUGCUACUGCUAGGAACCCAGGCCGAGAUGGAGGCCGACGCAGCUGCGCUUCGAAAAAACCCCAAGGCCGCUUUACAGCUGAACGUGGGCGUGGGUAUGAAGCCGAUGAUGCUGUUUUCUGGAACCGUCUGGGCUGAUGAGACGUCCGGCGUGUUCACCAUGCUCAAGAGCAUGUUUCUGGAUAUUUUCAAAGGCGAGGAGACGGAUAAGAUUGACGUAGAGGGACUACAGUAUAUCCUCAUGGUUGCAGCCGAGGAACCAAACGCAAGCGGAAUCGCGGCUGCAAACGGGAGUGCGGCCGCUGAUAGCUCACUGCCAGCUAUUCAUUUACGGUGGUACAAGAUCCGGACACGGAGAAGUGGACACAAGCUUCCCCGCGUAGAGCUGGAAGAAGUUGGACCCAAGUUUGAUUUCCGGAUCGGAAGAGUCCGAGAAGCUGACGAGGAUGCUAUGAAGACGGCGCUGAAACAAGGGAAACGGCCUCAGGAUAUGGAGAAGACGAAGAAGAAUGUUAGCAUGGAUACUAUCGGUGAUAAGAUUGGACGAGUUCAUCUUGGCCGUCAAGACCUGAGCGAUUUGCAGACCAGGAAGAUGAAGGGUCUCAAACGACGGGCUGGCAUUGAUGAUGAGGACGAGGAAGGCGGCGUGGAUGCUAUGGAGGUGGAUGAGGUCUCAGAGGACGAGGAUAACCACAAGCGGUCGAAGCGAGAUCAGCUUGGUCGUUGA